UGCACCAGUAGAUAGGAUCAUUAUCCUCUCCGAGAACUGAGGGGAAAAAGUGGGGGUGACGGUUUGUGGUGCCUGCCUGCUUGCCUCUCAUCUGAGAAUCUCAAGUCACCCUGAACCCUGAUGUGAGAACAACCCAGAGAAUUCUUUUCUGAUCUGUUCCUCUUUAUUUUCCCUCAUUUCACCCGGAGAUCGCCAAAAGCAUCGCCUUCACACUCGUCUUGGUGGUCUGCAGAAAGUGGGCGCCACCCGUUCGGACUGGACUGGCUCACUUGUUUGUGGGAUCGGGCUUGGGAUUGGAAAGAGUAAGCAGAGGCCGGGAACAGAAUGGCUGCGUGCGGGAACUUCAAGGAGAAGAAAGCGCAAAAUACCCCGGGGGGAAUUUCAUUCCACAGGCUUGGUCGUUCUUGUUCCUCAUUCGCUAAAGAAAUUCUUAGUAGCGGCAAAUCGAGUUUCUAUAUCACAGGUUUCUUUCCCAGUUUGUUGUAUAUAAAAGAGGUUUAAGCGUUGUUUCAACCUGGUUCAUUUCUAAAUGAGCCAAACGUCAACGGAAUCAAAAAGUUUCCUUCGCCUUUUCCUCUUGCAUUUUGUCUCUAAUUUUUGUUUGUCUUUCUAAAGUGCCAACGAUAUGGAUGAUCCUAAUCCUCAAUUUCAAGAGAGCAAACAACAUUAAGUGCCAUUUUCAAAAAGGUCGGGGACUUCCCCACACACUAGAGUAAGGAGGCAAGUUUAAGCAGAGGAGCGACGUGGAAAAUCCCCCCCCCCAAAGACUCCNGUAUCGCUUCGAGCUGUACUUGCCAGAAAGGAUAAAGCCAAAUGAGUACAAAGUUAACAAACACCCUUACGAUUUUGAACAUUCAAGCUCAAAACUCUUGUCCGACAUUCGUGAAAGUGAUUAUCUAGUGAGCGGUGCCACAAAGUGUUGUUGGAAAUCAUUUUGGAAACUCUUCAUAAUUUGAUUAAUAGUUUAGCUGGGCGUUUUGUGCCUGGAAGGCGGAGGCUGCCUGCAGGAACAAGAUGGAACCCCUGAAGUGUGUGGUGGAUGCCUGGCUAAAGAUGUGUGCAUGUGUACACUUCCACCGGGGGCUGCGUCCGCCAAUACCUUCAGGAGGAGCCUCGAGGCACUUAAGGCCGGAGCAGCCUCAUGCACUCACGGCAGGAAGAUGAGGACGAGGCCAGAAGGCACUGAAGGCACUGAGGGUACAGAGGGAACAGACGAAGAAGAAGACAGAAGUGGGAGAGGGGCGCUUCGAGCUAGCCCUGAGUUCCUGAACUGAGCCAGCUCGAGGGAAAACCGGGGGACAGGGGUAACACCAACACAUAAGAACAAGAACUGCGAACGAAGACGAACAAAGUCGAGGGUCCGCUCGAAGCCAAGAAGACCCGUUGGAACUUGAAGCCUCGAACAAAAAAAGCCUCGGAGGCAGUCAUUCGCCCCUUGGUCUCCUCAUUCCUGGGCUAAUGUGUGUGUGUGUCCAUUUGGUGAAAUCGAGGCUGGUCUUUGGGCGAGGUCGCCGGAUUCUGCCUCCCUGCCCCUCAUCACACCAACCUCUACGACAGAGCUUGGGGUAAGUUCGUUCCAGCUCGGGGUCGUCUUCCUCCUCCUCCUUCUCCUCCUCUUCUUCCUCCUUCUCUUAGCACUCCUAUUUUGGGGGGUCUUUCCUCUGGCAAUUGGAGGACGACAUACCACAUGAGUGGAGAAUAAGAGCUCGAAGAUACAGACAUUUUUUCCAGUCUGGUGGCAUCUGAACAUCAUAUUCUAGUGCUCGUUCUCUUGCCGUUGUAUUACAACUUGGAUCGACGACGUCCAUCAGUGUGGAUCUUCCACGUUGUUGAGACUUUGAAGGAACAUACAAACCGUGUUCUUCAAACAAAAAAAUCCAGACGGGUGAAAUAAAAUUCCAUUGAUCCUUUGAGUGAACAAGAGCCCACAUAGACUGCAAAUAUCCAAAGAAAAACUAGAAGUGAAUCCUGGAUCUUGAACUGGUGUUCUCAGAAACGAGUGUUUUAUCAUGAAGCCGACCAUGGAAACCAUGUGGCCAUUUGCUAAUAGAUAUCAUCCGCACCAACAUUUUCAGGAUCGCGUGGGUCAUGCGAUAACGGCACCGGGAUUUCCCCAUGGGGGACAUCGGACACCUGGAUCAGAUUUCCAGCCGCCCUACCUUCCUCCACAUUUCCCGGGACAACAAGAUGUGUUUGCUGCGGCUCAGAAUUCACAUCUGGCCGCAGCCGCAGCCGCCGAUCCCUACAACGUGGCCAACCCGUUGCACAACUUUCAGACAUCGCAGGCCAAUAUGCAACACAACUUUGCCUAUGAGAUGAGACGAGCAGAGGUGUAUAGGCAUCAUCAUAGCCUUUCCGAAGGUCAGAAUGAUCCGUUGGCCCUCCACAACUCAUUGGCCAACGGUGAUCAGCAGGGAUCAGAAGGCGAGGCAGUCGCCUUCAGUGCGGGCAGUAUGGCUGCGGCCGCUGCGGCAGGCGUGGCUGAUGUUCCGUUUCAAAUCAAGAAAGAAUUCGGCUUAAGAAGUCGAGCCAGUUCGGAUCUUCAUCAUCCCCACCAUCACCACCACCAUCAUCAUCCGAGUCACGCCAACCACCCACAUCAUGGACAAUCAAGCGGGUCCAAGGAUUUGGGCGGCAACCAUCCCUCGUCCGCCAUGCUCUCAUCUCACUCGCAUCCCUUGGGACCGUUUCCCAGCGAUGUGUUCUGCUCGGUCCCGGGACGAUUAUCUUUGCUGAGUUCCACUUCCAAAUAUAAAGUGACCAUCUCCGAGGUUCAACGGCGGCUCUCGCCACCUGAAUGUCUGAAUGCAUCUCUUCUGGGCGGAGUUUUACGGCGGGCCAAAUCGAAGAAUGGUGGGCGAAUGCUGCGUGAGAAAUUGGACAAGAUUGGCAUGACUCUUCCGGCGGGACGACGAAAGGCCGCCAAUGUCACCUUGUUAACCGCAUUGGUGGAAGGUGAGGCCAUCCAUUUGGCCCGAGAUUUCGGCUACACAUGUGAGACCGAGUUUCCAGCCCGACAAGUGGCUGAAUACUUGUGUCGACAACAUGCCACUGAUCCCAGCGAGCUCUAUCGAAGAAAAGAACUCAUUCUGGCCACCAGAAUUGUGACCAAAGAGAUGAUGGAUCUACUGAACCAGGAUCGAUCGCCCUUGUGCAACACCCGGCCCCAACAAAUCCUGGAUCCUUCCAUUCAGCGACAUCUCACUCAUUUCUCAUUGAUCACACAUGGAUUCGGAUCCCCGGCCAUCGUGGCCGCACUUACGGCCAUUCAGAAUUUUCUCACGGAGAGCCUCAAGUACAUUGACAAGUCAUAUCCCAGCCCAAGUGUUCCACCCUCAAGUGUCCCUUCCUCGUCAUCAACCAGUGCCAAUAUCUCACUCAAUGGGCACGACAGCAAACCCCUUCAUCUGAAUUCCAAGGCGUUACUCCACUCCGAGGACAAGAAGUCCAUGCAUUGCUCUUCCCCUUGAGCCCAAGCUAGUUCCAAUCAAUUGCCUUUCCUCUCUCAGUCCUGAACCUGUUACGUCAUCCAUUGGUAAUUAUAUCACUAGUUUCCCAUGUUCAGCCCAAAUAUGAUAUGAAAUCCGAAUAAAAUCCCGUUUCAUUGUUCUCUU